AUGGACCCACACACGCUCAACGAUCCGCCUCGAGCCUCGCUCGCCGCCCUCCCGCCAGAACUCGCCCUCCGCGUCGCCCAGUCGCUCGACCCGCAGUCGCUCGUUCGUCUCGGGCGCACCUCGAGCCGCCUGCACGCCAUAGCCUGCACAGAGUCGCUCUGGAAGCGCAUCGUCCUCGACCUCGUCGCCCAGCCCGGUCACGCCGCUCCGCCGACCGGCGACGACGCGCCGCCGCUCGCCUCGUCCUCCCCGACCUCGUCGUCCACUUGGCAGGCCCAGGCAAAGGCCCUGCUUCCGCACAGCCACCACCUCGGCUUCUUUGCCUCGAACCAGCCGUACAGCUCGCGCAUCAUUCGCGUCUCGAUCGUCGCGCCCACCCUCGUUCCACCCGCACCAGACGCCCCUCCCCCGACCUAUUCGAUCCACGCCGCCCAGUUCGUCCCGAGGAACCGGUUCGACAACCCGCUGUACCCUCUUCUCGGCGAUGGUCGCCCGUUCGGCUCGUCCCGCGACCCGAUCAACCCGGCCGCCUACGUCGUCAACCCGCGCCUCAACCUCGACCACCCCUACUCGGGCCUGAGCGUCGACGUGCUCGAGCCCAUCUUCGACUCGUCGUCGGCGCCCGUCUUCGACAUCUCGCCGACCGACGGGCCCUGCCUCGCGCGAGGCUACUCAAACAUGGCCCGCCUCGGCGACUUCAGCCCUGCCGUGCCCCAGUCGACGCCCGUCCUGCGCCUCGCGCUUGAGCCCGUCACCGAGCGCGUCGAGCGCAACGCCGCCGCGACCCACCCGGACGGCGCGCCGUCCUCGAGGCUCGACGAGCUCAACCCCGAGUCGCUCUUCGCCCUGUUCAGCGGUCGACUCCCGCGCCGACAGUGGCCGACGCUCGCCCUCGUCGGCCUCGAGCAGGUCAGCACGGCCGACAUCCCCGUCCUGCGUGCCGGCCGCACCGACCCGCCGCGCAACAUCCUGCGCCUCGCGCCCGGCUCGGGCGGCGCCUUCCGCGGCCUCGUCGAGGCCCUCAAGGACCGCAACGGCGAGCGCCCGCUCGCCCAGGUCGUCCAGCCGAGCUCGCCCUCGUCGUCGACCCAGGACGACGAGGCGUUCGUCACCGGGUUCCGCAUCCGGGCCCGCCGCACGCCGCGCACGCCGCCCGGUGCGGCGACGAGCGGGGCCCACGAGCGCGCCGAGACGAGCUCGAGCGCCGGGACGGGCGAGAGGUGGAGCGCGCCCGGGGCGGCGACGAGGCGCAGGGGCGUCGGCGGGAACGGCGGGCCGGCCGUGCUGUGGCACGGGACGGAGCGGGACCCAGACGAUGAGCCGCAGGUGACGAUCUUGCGGGCAGGAGAUGAGGGCGAAGGGGGCUUCGUCCUGCGCAUCCCCGACAACGACGACCGACGACCUCGCCGCCGCUCGGCCGACACCGGCGUCGACGUCGACGAGCCCAUGCUCGACGGCACUCGAGCUGCCGCCGGGUCCGACGACAGCGACGACUCGGACGCCGAGCGCGCCUCGCUCGCCGACCUUGUCGACUCGGCGAGCGAGUCGUUCUUCCCGAUCAAGGCGCCCGCACGCCCGCUGUCGUGGGACGACCCGAGCCCGGUCGACGAGCACGGCGACGUGCUCGCCUCGUCGCUCGAGGGCCUGUGGCUCGGCACGUACGGCGGGCACGGCCUCGAGUUCGUCCACUUGACGACCGGGUUCGUCGAGAUGCCCGUCGACGAGGACGAGGGGCGCGCCGAGGAGCGAAGAGGGUACGACAGCAGCGACAGCGAGGGCGAGGACCGCCGGGUCCAGUACCGCCGGGUCGUCACGGCGACCAAGGUGACGGGCGACCCCAACGUGCCCUCGGGCCAGACCUCUUGGGUCGCCAUCCUCCCUCCUUCCUCGCGUCACUCGCACCCUCUCGCCGCCACCGUCCCGACCGUCCCCCUCUCGACCUUUGAGCGCCUCUCGGAGCUCGACCCGCACUCGCCCCAGUACCUCGCGCUCAACAACGGCGCCGGGCCCGACUGGUCGGUCGGGACGGCGCGCGCGUACGGCCGCAUCGCGCUCACUGGGUUCGCGAGCCCGAGCUGGACGGGCGCGCAGUCGGUCGAGGAGCUGCACCUGCGGUGGGAGGACCUGCAGAAGGUGGGUGUGUUCAAGCGUGUGCGGGUCUGAGCCGUGCGCGAGGAGGAGGAGGAGCGGUCGGACCUUGUUCCCUCAUCUCGGCGUCGUCGGCCGUGUCGUUAUUCUCUCUCGAUGCCGUAUGUAGCUCUCGUAUCUUGUGUGGCAUUCUUAUUCGUGUCGUUGCUCUG